AUGGCGGACAGACGCACUGGCGCGUGCUCCUCUGCUUUUGCUGCUUUAUUUAUACUGUUAGCAAUCUCCUCAAAGAUCUAUGCUCACACAAUCACUCCAAAAUGUGAUCUACAUGGAAAGAGACCUGUUGAAGGAUUAACAAACUUCACAUGGAACAUGUUCAAGCCAUUAGGACAAUUUACGACCCGGCGGAAACCAAGCAAAGGAACUAUGAUAACAUCAGCAUUUCGGAAGCACAGAACCUUUGUCAGCAUUAUUCCUGGACUCCUACUCCUAUGUGGUGAUAUUAUUAGUCAACCUGGCCCAGCAGCUAAUGCAGGUCUUCGACACAGCUCCAUCAAAUGCCUUGGUAUUAAUGCCAGGAGUAUUAAAAGCACACAUAAAGUAGGAUCGGCCAUUGUCUGUAACUCAGAGCGCGUUCAAGACCUAGCGUAUUCAGAGAACGCCGAUAUUGUCUUUAUUAACGAAACAUGGCUUAACAGCAGUAUUAGUAAUGAAGAGGUAUUUCAUUCUGGCUACACCAUCUAUAGAAGAGAUCGCAACGAUCGAGAAGGCGGGGGUGUGCUUAUUGCAGCGAAAUCAGACAGUUUUAAGGCGAUAAAGGAAUGGAAACCGGACAUGACUUUAUUUCAAGAUCUUGAAGUUGUAUCAGCAGAACUCACUACAAGUUGCAAUCGGAAAGUCCUGUUCUCGUCGUUUUACUGGCCUGAUCCAGACUCCGACCCUUAUGUAUGGCUUGAAAAAUUUAAUAACUAUCUUGAUUAUGCCUGUGACUCAUUUGAUACUAUGCUAAUUUCCGGAGACUUCAACAUGUCAAAAUUCUCUUGGGCCUCAGAAGAACAAUCAUUAGGUGCCAGAGAGCUUUCUUUCACUGAGAUUCUUAAUGACCACUAUCUAUCACAAAUGAACCAUUUUCCAACACGGGGUGAUAAAAUACUUGACUUGGUUAUUACUAAUGCCUCCGAUCAAGUAUGUGUGAAUGAGGUAUUGUCUCCUAAUGAAGCAGGAGUGUUUUCCGAUCAUGGUGUGGUCUGUUUUGAGUUCUCUGCGUUUGUUAAAGCACCGUCCAAAUUCCACCGUUCAGUCUACAACUAUACAAAAGCCGAUUUUGAUGGCUUGCGCGCCUCUCUCAGUGCAUUAGAAUUGACAAUGAGCUCUAACGAAAACAGCGAUAUUGACACGGACUGGCAAAAUUGGAAAGAUCUAUUUUUGGCUGCCGUAGCAGAUCACGUUCCAUCCAAAAAGCUUAGGGGUCGCAAUCCAGUACCUUGGAUGAAUGGAACUAUUCUCGACCUAAUUAAGAAGAAAGAAACGACUCGAAGGCGUCUAAAAAAGACCCCUGCUAAAGCGUCUCUGAGGGAAAAAUUCAAAGCGCUGCGUGCGGAAGUCAAACAAGCACUGCGGGAAAGUCGUGAAAACUUUUUCCAGUCUCUCGAACGGGACUAUAAAAACAACACCAAACGCUUUUGGUUUGUUCUAAAACAGAAAUCCAAAUCACGUGGGCUCCCAUCUCAGGUCUCUAUGGCAACCGUAAAUCCACCCACUGGUUCCCAGGACCCCACGCCACUAAGAACCACAGCUGAUGAUCCGGAAGCAAUUGCAAAUUUAUUUAAUAAAUACUUUGCUUCAGUGUUUUUAAAAGAUUCUCUUCAAGACCUAAACACUGACCCGGAACAUUGUGCACCCCCUGUACCCGAGCUAUCUAAUAUUUCAUUCGAUAUAAAUGACAUAUCGGUUAUCAGGGGGCUGGACGCCAGUAAAGCUUCUGGACCAGAUAACAUCCCCGUCAGAUUACUAAAAGAGACCGCGGCUGUGAUUGCUCCCUCUCUUUGUCAGAUUUUCAAUAAGUCUAUCAAGCUUGGCAAAUUUCCUUCUGAAUGGAAAAUUGCUCAUAUCGUUCCUGUUUACAAGAAAGACUCUGCUCAACAAGUUGAAAAUUACAGACCGAUAUCACUCUUGUCUGUUGUGUCGAAAAUUAUGGAACGUUGUGUAUUUAAUAAGAUAAGAGAGAGGGUGCACUGCCUCAUCCAGAGGUGUCAACAUGGGUUUAUUGCAGGCCGCUCUUGUGUCACCCAGCUGGUGGAAGUCCUUGACACUAUUGGCUCUCACUUAGACAAUGGGAACCAAAUUGAUGUUGUAUACCUUGAUAUGUCAAAGGCUUUUGAUAGAGUAAGCCACCGUAUGCUAACACGGAAACUAGUCCAAUAUGGUUUUGGCGGAAAUCUGUUGAAGUGGUUUACAUCAUAUAUCACCAAUCGGAGCCAACGCGUAGCUAUUCCAGGGGGGGUCUCAACAUGUCAACCUGUGACUUCCGGCGUCCCGCAAGGGUCAAUUCUCGGUCCUAUACUGUUCGUCCUCUUCGCAAAUGACUUGCCAGAUUCAGUUUGCUCAUGCAGUGUUGCGACAUUUGCAGACGACACUAAGGUCUUUAAUGUUAUCAACUCGGCGGACGACACGGAUGUGUUACAAUCUGACCUGAACAGUCUAAAUGGCUGGGCGGCAUCGACAGGCAUGACAUUUAAUCAAACAAAGAGCAAAGUCAUGCGGGUUUCGCGAAAGCGUAAACCAGUUCUCAAAACAUAUUCGCUUGGCGGUUUGCCUUUAGCCUGCACUGAGACGGAGAAGGAUCUCGGCGUCUGGAUGUCAGACGACCUCUCUUGGACUAAGCAAGUUGACGAGGCAUGUAGUAAGGCCAACAGGACGCUGGGUUCGCUCAGUCCGUCCUACUAG